AUGCAACAUUAUAGUGCACAUAAGCCAAAGCCUACUGGCUUCCCUUGGUUGAAAAAGCCUCUGCUACUACACUCAUCGAGAGAAGACAAAUGCGAAUUGACACCGGCGCAAUGUGAAUUUCGAAGCGGCUAUUGGAGAUAUUGGUAUAUAUCGGACCUUGUUUACGCAAGAGCCACAGUUUACUUCAUAUGUGCAAUCGUCUUUGUGUUCUCGUUAGCAUAUAUAUUUCUAAGACAUACCCCCCGGAGCCCCAUCGACAAGUUCUUACAGAAACCCAAGGGCCUCGUGCGGUACUGCAUCUAUAGGGGGUUCCGCGUACCUUUCUUGGCCUGGCUCUCCCCAAAUGUAGGUAGAAUGCUGGUAAUUUCCGCAGGAAUUCUCUUCUUUUCUGCUCUGACAUUAGGACCGAAACCGUACUACUGGCCAAACACCAAGGAUGUUGUUUAUGGUGGCAGUCCCCCGAUUGCUACCAGGGCAGGCUGGAUGGCUCUUGGGCUACUGCCUUUUUCAAUUGCUCUUGCGUCUAAAGCAAACUGGAUUACGAUGCUGACUGGGAUAUCCCAUGAAAAGCUUCAGAUCUUCCAUCAAUGGACAAGUUGGGCAAUGUUCGUCUUGGGACUAGUUCAUAUGUGGCCCUUCAUCAUUUAUCGUACUCAACGGGGAGACAUGCAAUACAAGUGGGAAACGUCCAUGCACUACUGGACAGGAGUUGUCACGAUCAUUGUGCAGGCUUAUUUAACAUGGUUUUCACUGCCAGUUAUACGCAGGAGACGGUUCUAUGAGUUUUUUAAAGCCACCCAUCUUUUCGCAGCCAUGGUCUAUGUUGUCUUCUUUUUUAUCCACUGCGACUUCCGGCUCACAGCGUGGGAUUAUUUCAUUGCAACGGCCGCAAUAUACCUCCCCUGCCUUAUUCUUGUUCAAAUUCGGACGUUUUUUAUCAAUCGGCUUCGUCGUGCAACAGUUGACAUUCUUCCUUGCGGUUUAAUCCGUAUUACGACAACCUGCUCAAUUUCAUGGAAACCAGGACAGCACGUUUUUCUCCGAUUCCUCGGCCUAGGACCUCACUGCCUAACAUCUCAUCCAUUCACAAUUGCUUCAUUACCGCAUGUGGACUCCGCAAGUAAGACGAAUGAAAUGACCGUAUAUGCCAAGCGUCAUGAAGGAAUUACGAAAUCACUUUCAAAUACUGCCAGAGAUGUCUCUCCCCUUAACAUGAAGGUCUUGAUUGACGGGCCUUACGGGGGUAUUAGCUCCGGGACAAUGGCCAGAUUCGAUUCCAUCCUUAUCAUUACUGGUGGAUCUGGCGCCGCGUUUUCGUUUCCAGUCGUGGAGGACGUUUUAAGGCGUGCCACGACGGCGGCUUCCGCUGGGAUCAAGGAGAAGACACUCAACAUUAUAUAUGCAGCCCGCUCUUCGUUGAUGGCGCAGUGGUAUGAGGAGAAAAUCAAGACAUUGGUUUCUCAAUACCCUUCUAGCUCAAUAGUGUCGGUCUCGAUAUAUACCACUUCCGCCUUACGAAAGAAUGAUAACUUGGAAAAAGAAUCCACGCCCAGCGGAGAGGAUGAAAUUUUCAACGGAGGGCAGGACUCCAUUACUUAUCAACUAGGCCGACCUUCCUUGGCCAGUGCUGUGGCUUCUCUAGCCGAUCAAGCUACUGGAAAAGCAGCUGGAAUAGUUGUUUGUGGACCGCCUUCCAUGCUGCACGAUGUUCGCAAUGCGGCGGCAGAAGCACAGAGGAAGGUAUUGGCUGGAGACGUUAAAGAGUUAUACUUACGCACGGAAAGCUUCUCGUAA